AAAAAAGAAGCAGUAGCCAGCCACUGCACCGUUGAGGCCAGGACAGGAUCAGCGUUAUGAAUUCGGAGCCUUCAUCGCAGACUCCCACCAAAUCGGGAGAAUCUGAUGCGAGCUCGCAAAACGAAGACCGCGUUGAUGGCCGACGCUUUAUGGCAUCGCUGUUGUCCUUGUGCCUUAUCGGAGUGGUGGCGGGAGCACUGACAGCCGGACUGCUGACAGCGCUGCUCUUCUACUCGCCGUCAUCCGUUUUUCCAUCGACAAACGACAGUACAGCCGAUCCUCUAGCAUGCACUACCAAUGACUGCAAGUACCUGGCGCAGUGGCUGAGAGUGAAAAUAGACCGCAAGGUCGACCCUUGCCAUGACUUCUACAAGUUCGUGUGCGAUGACUACAAGGACUACAAUAGUUUAAAUAAAGUGACUUUUGAGGUCAUGCGCAUUGCCCAAUCUGCCGCUCAUGCCACUACCGUCCCGGCCACAGGACAGACCGCCUGGCAGAAAGCGACGGCACUCUUCAAGGCCUGCUUGACGAUGGUUGACUCCAAGCGUGACGAGACCAAGGAGCUCACAGAGUGGAUGACUUCGCUCGGCCUGGAUCUGAGAAACCUGACGUCUUCUGAACCGUUUGACCCGGUGGACAUGGUGGUGCGCUGCUCUCUCGACUUCGGCAUCCCAGUCCUGCUUUCCUUCACUUUUGAGAACGUGACCUUCGUCAACAAGAAGCGUUUAAUGAUAUUAAAUAUUAACAUUGAUGAGGCUAAGUGGCUUGAAUACCUGCAAGAGGCUUUGAAAACAUCAGAGGAGGAUAUCAAUGCCUCGACCAUGAAGACGCUGCAAAAGUACGGUGUUCCCAGAAGCAGACUCCAAGGACUUUCCUCCGACAUCAAUAAAUACGGGACUAAGCCGUAG